UGCCCACAUCACCUGCGAAACCCAAGUGCCUCCUCUGUAUGUCGUCUCUGCCUUCCUGUCUGUCUUCUCCAACUCUGGAGAUCCCAAUUUACCUAUACUCGAAAUCCCGCUACAUCACAGCUACAUACGGCGGGUAAGACUCUACCUACCUUACCUACCCAUCGCCACCAGCUUCUCUCCACCAGGCAGGGCCAUAGCAGGGCCAUAGCAGGGCCAUAGCAGGGCCAUAGCAGGGAGGAGUAACCACGCCCCCCCAUCGCUUGCCAAGCUCAACCACACACAUGUCCUCCCCAUCCUGGGACUACAUAGCCAAGCUCGUGUGCAUCGGCGACUCGGGAUGCGGUAAAUCCUCCCUGACGGUGCGCCUCUGCGAGGGCCGCUUCGUGGCCCACCACGACGUGACCAUCGGCGUCGAGUUCGGCUCCCGCAUCGUCCCCGUCGGUCCCCCCCACACCAAAGACGCACCUCCUCUUCUUCUCCCACCCACAGAAGCAUCAUCCGGACAUCAACAACAACAGCAACAACAACAGCAACAACGACAGCAGUCGUCCCCCCUCCCCUCCUCAGCCCCCACCCCCGGCCCCGCACCAAACGGCCUCCCCGCGCCGCCUCGGAAGCCACCCCCGGCCUCGGCGGCAGCGACGGGCCCGCAAAAGUACAUGAAGCUGAGCCUGUGGGACACGGCCGGGCAAGAGACGUACAAGAGCGUAACGCGGUCCUACUUCCGCGGCGCCUCGGGCGCACUGCUGGUCUUCGACCUGUCGCGCCGCCAGACCUUCCGACACGUGACCGACUGGCUCAACGACCUUCGCCAGAUCGCCGAGCCCGACAUCGUCGUCGUCCUCGUCGGCAACAAGGCCGACCUCACCCAGCCCGACGACGGCGGUGACGGCUCCGGGGGCGGGGAGAACAAGAGGGAGGUCACCAGGGAGGAGGCGCAGGACUGGGCCCGCCGCAACGGCGUGCUCGAGUACGUCGAGACGAGCGCCAAGAGCGGCGAGAACGUCGAGAGCGCCUUCGUCAGGGUCGCCGAGAGGAUAUACCAGAACAUCCAGGCCGGCAAGUACGACCUCAACGACAGAAGGUCCGGCGUCAAGGGCCCCAGCGCCGGGGGAAGCCGCCAGGUGAGGCUGACCGGCGACGCCGGCCGGGGCUCCGGCGGCGGUUGCUGCUGAGCUCGGGCUGGGGUUUUCUCUCUUUCAUGUACCACCAUCCAGGCAAUAGGGGUCAGGGAAACACGUGUGUGUGUGU